AUGGAUGAAAGAUUUAAUGUCACAGAUAUUUCUCUUGGUGGGUAUGUGGAAAUGGAAAAUAGAUAUCUGUAUUUUGUGAUUAUUUUCACAGUUUACAUUUUCAGAAUUUUCUUUAAUUCAACUAUUAUAUGCCUGAUUGUGAAACACCAAAACCUAAAUGAACCUAUGUAUGUUUUCAUUGCAGCUCUGCUUAUCAACUCUAUUCUUUUCAGCACGGUUAUCUACCCAAAGCUCUUAGUUGACUUUUUAUCGGAGAAACAGGUCAUAUCACAUUCAUUUUGUCACUUUCAAUUCUUCAUGUAUUACUCUAUAGGUGGGUCAGAGUUCUUACUGUUGGCAGCCAUGGCCUACGACCCAUAUGUCUCUAUAUGUAAACCUCUGCAAUAUCCAAACAUCAUCACUAAAUCAACCAUUAGUAUGUACUUAGUUUUGGCUUGGCUUCAUCCUGCUUGUCAGAUGGCAGGCUCCACUGCUUUUAGUUCAACCAGAAAAGUCUGUAUCUUCACUUUGAAAGGGAUCUUUUGUAACAAUUACAUUUAUAAGCUUCACUGUGUGAGCUCAAGGCUACUAACUAUGUAUGGUCUGAUCGUUUUGCUUAAUAUUAUUGUUUUUCCUAUCCUGUAUAUCAUUUUCACAUACACAAAGAUACUCAUAAUAUCUUACAGAAGUUGUAGGGAAGUCAGGAUAAAAGCUCUGCAUACCUGUUUACCACACCUGCUGGUUUUAAAGAGUUGUCUGCAAUCAAGGAUGCUGAUGUGGACGUGA